UUCCUUUAUUGCUUAAUGAGCUGUGAAUAAAGAAGACGUUUACCGGCCUAUGCUUAUUCCUGUUCUUUAGCUUCUGGACGGUUACUCCUGAUCAUGCCGGAGCCCUCAAAGUCCGCUCCUGCCCCGAAGAAGGGCUCCAAGAAGGCGGUGACCAAGGCCCAAAAGAAGGACGGCAAGAAGCGCAAGCGCAGCCGCAAGGAGAGCUACUCCGUGUACGUGUACAAGGUGCUGAAGCAGGUCCACCCCGACACCGGCAUCUCUUCUAAGGCCAUGGGUAUCAUGAACUCUUUUGUCAACGACAUCUUCGAGCGCAUCGCGGGCGAGGCCUCUCGCCUGGCGCAUUACAACAAGCGCUCGACCAUCACCUCCCGGGAGAUCCAGACGGCCGUGCGCCUGCUGCUGCCGGGAGAGCUGGCCAAGCACGCUGUGUCCGAGGGCACCAAGGCUGUCACCAAGUAUACCAGCUCCAAGUGAGCUCGCCAGCCACAGAGAAAUCGAGAUGGGGUCUCACUGUGUUGCCCAGGUUGGUCUGGAA